AUAUAUAGCCCAGAAACCCUUUGCAGUUAUCCAGUUGUUGUUGCUGGGUGUUCACCAGUUCAGUCCACCUCUUUAUCUCUACAGCAAUCAGAGCUGCGUCCUAAAGUAAUCAGUGUGAGGACAAACUUGCGCCUGUUCAAUGCUGGCGCCUCAAUACUUAAAAUUGCCCCGAAACCCCCCUGCUCUUUUAAAGGAGGUUAUUAUUAUACGUCUUUGUCAGAGAGUAAGCAUCACAUAAAUCAUUUGUGUCACCUAUCUCUGUUUUCAGCAGAACUGCUGAACAUCUUAGGUAACCACAGGCUUCCCCACAUUAAAUCUGACACUGGCCGGGAGUCACAGGCUUUCAAGGGAUAAGGGGGGCAUUUGCAUUGCAGCAUGUUUCCCAUUCACAAAUGUACACAAAAGAAACCCCACACAGUUGUCCCAAAUAAUCAGUGGACCAGUUCUCCUGGUUGUCCCAGUGCAGUACGGCACUCUUCAGGUUGUCAUCAGAGCUUCUAUUCUGAGUUUAACUUAACAUCACACAUUCACCUGGGAACUUUAUCUUUACCCCUCUCUCUCUCACACACAUGUGACGUCCACUCAAAAAUGUCCCCUGGACAUGUCCACCUGUUGCAGAGACAUAACAUUGUUUGACAGGAAUAAAAAAACCUUUUAAAAAAGGGAGUGCGUCUCACUGGAAGACACAUGUUGGACAAGUGACAAAAUACAGUGUUCAGUGAGCAUUCCGUCGACCAACAUGCAAGUGACGGUAGUGGGCUUAACACCUAAAGGAUCUCAAAUGUCUCAUUGCCAAAGCAUUGCCAAGCCCCCUCCCCUAACACUUGACCCCUGCUGACGUAGGCUGUCCAUUUACAUUUAGGGACACCAGCACUCUACAGCCUUGAUACCAUUUGUACUAGGGAGAGAAACAGACGUCAGGGCCAAGUCUGAGAGACAGAGUUUUGUGAAGUAGAAGAUUUAUUACUCGAUGCUUUCCAGAGCUCAUUUGCUUUUCAGACUUUUCAGACUUUUUGGAGUGCAUUUUCUGCAGACCUCUGCAUUUGAAAACUAUUUACACAGCAGUGUGGAGCACUGAGAGGUAGAGCUGGCUGCGAUUGUUGAGCAAGAAUUUUCGUCUUUGCCACAGACGUCCCUUGUGAGAUUUCUGUCUGAGCUUGGUGUCCUAAGGUGAUUUUUUUUUUAACCAAUGGAAACCACGGGUGACAUCAUAUCAAACACAAUGGGUGACGACAAGAGUGCGACCUUCGAUCUCAUCCAAAAUCGGAUUGAGUCACUGAGCACCAAGAUGGACAAGCUGAUCCACAUCCAGGAGAAGGUCCUGAACCGACUGGAUGGGAUGUCCCACGAGAUUGGCGACAUUGAAAAGGAUAUGGAGAAUCUAAAGGUUGACAAGAAAGAGAUCCCUUUAACUCCCAAGGUUAUGAACCACACUCAUAUGAUGGGGCGAGAAGUGAAGCAGAUUUGUCAGGAGAUGAGCAGCGUCAUGUCUGCAGUCAACCAGCGCUCCGAGCAGCAGGCUCAGAAGCUGGAAGGGAUGGAAAAGCUGGUCCUCGGCAUGCAGCAGGUGAUCGGCUUCAUUGGGGAGACUGUGAAGAGUUCAAAGAUUAUGGAGCUGAUACUCAAAGGUCCCACAGCCCGGAAAAUCUCCAAACCAAAAGACAGUACGGUAAAGCAAGCUAACAAGAAAAAAACAUCCAUAGAUACAACAACAAAGAAACAGAAAACUACCUCUAAUAAAACAAGUAAAGGCAGUCAACAGGUAACCUCUGCAUGCGAGCCCAGUUCCUCGCAGCCCUCACACAGGAUUCAGCUCCAUGGACCAAAGCAUUUCCUCGCUUCACGCAAAUUUGGACGCUUUACAAAAGACCAUAAAGGUAAAGAUGGGGCCGAAAAACCUCCUUUGAGCCCCAAAAGUCAAAAAGCCCAGAAGAGGAUGAAGCCUCCAGAGGCAGAUAACAUCUCCAUAAAGAAGCAGGUGUUGAUACUUCAAGAAGUUCAUAAACUCAACAAGGAAAACAAGGAGAAACCCGGUCAGCAGUUCACACCUGAGUGUCUGGAUUUAGAGGCAGGGGUUUCACCUACAGACCAACCAGCUAAUGACUCCCCGUGCAACUUGGUGGAUUUCCUGCGUGAAGAUUCCCAGGUGGCUGAGAACCAUGUCGUUGUUGAGAAGGUGGGAGAAACAGCUUCUGAGGUAGAGUCUGCGGUCACACAGAAGGAAUCAAAAGUUGAAAUUGAAGUUGCUGAGAUGGAGGAGGAUGAGGAGAAGAAGACUAAAGUCCCAGAGGAGAAAGCUGAGGAGGAAUCUUCUCCUGUGGAAGACUCAGAGCUACCUGCUGCCCAUGACAGCGUGGACGAGCAAACUGCAGCACGGCCUGACACCAGUGCAGCUGGGGGAGAACAGAUAGUCCAGAUCAGCAGCACAGUCACCAAGUCCUUUAAGACCGAGGAACACUUCGUGGUAGGGGAUCACACAGGAAGCCAGCAGGAGGCAAUGGAGAAGGGACAAGGAGAAGACAACAUGGGGGAAAAACAGAAGCUGGAGAACUGUGUGUUCAGUGAAAGUGCAGUUGAGAUGCAGUUUAAACUCGAACCGAGUGUGGACGGUGAGGGGAAGGACAAUGAGACCGAAGGAGAGAAGGACGACAUCGCUGCGCACUUUUACAUUGACACCACUCCUCCUGCAGCAGCUCCUUUUGAUCACCGCAUCGUGUCGACCAAACCUAAUCAGAUCAGCAACUUCUACACCAUCAACUGGCAGGAAAUCCUCGGCGGGGGGCGAUUUGGCCAGGUGCAUAAAUGUGUUGAAAACUCAUCCGGUCUCACUUUGGCAGUCAAGGUCAUCAAAGCCAGGAGUCAGAAAGAAAAGGAGGUAGUGAAGAACGAGAUCCAUGUCAUGAAUAAUCUGGACCAUGCCAAUCUGAUCCAGCUCUACGCUGCAUAUGAGUCAAGGAAUGACAUCAUCCUUGUACUUGAAUACGUGAGUGGUGGCGAACUGUUUGACAGAAUCAUAGAUGAAAACUACACUCUGAUGGAGCUGGACGCUGUGACCUUCAUCAGACAGAUCUGUGAAGGACUGCAACACAUGCACAAAAUGUACAUUCUACACCUUGACCUAAAGCCAGAAAAUAUCCUUUGUGUGAGCAGAGUGACGAAUAAGAUCAAAAUCAUUGACUUUGGUCUCGCAAGAGUAUAUAAACCCAGGGAGAAGCUUCGAGUGAAUUUUGGUACUCCGGAGUUUCUUGCUCCAGAGGUCAUCAACUACGAUUUUGUAUCGUUCAAUACAGACAUGUGGAGCCUCGGGGUCAUCACCUACAUGCUUUUGAGUGGACUCAGCCCUUUUCUGGGUGACGAUGACAACGAGACCCUGAAUAACAUCUUGGCUUGUCAGUGGAACUUUGAGGAACAAGAAUUCGCAGAUACAUCAGAUCAAGCCAAAGAUUUCAUCUCUAGGUUCCUCAUUGUAAAUAAAAGUUGGAGGAUGAGUGCAGCCGAAGCCCUGAGGCAUCCUUGGCUGUCUGACACAGCGCUCCACCGUAGCCUUCACACAAAGAAAAUCAUGUGCAGGUCACGACAAUCAUCAGCUGUGCCUGAAAGCUGAGGGCUCUGCAUUGAUGUGACAGCUCCAGCUGUGGCCACUCGGACCAACCCUGUCCACGUGUGUUACCUACAUAUCUGUCAGUGCCCUCUACUGUCUUCUGUUAAUGCAUCUGAAACAUUAAAUCAGCCUGCGCACAAUUACCGAAUGGACAUCCUAGUCGACAGAGCAGAUUAAGCUUCUUGCACACAUUACGUUCUUGUACAUUAUAUUAGGGGGCAUUUUGGUGACUAUAACAGGGCAGUUUUCUUUAGUGAUCUUUUUAAAUGUCGAAUCCUUCAGACCACAGUUUGUGUUUUCAUUGACGUUUUUAAGGUGUUAGAAACAGUGGCUGUUAUAGUUAUUUAGUCUCUGCUUAUGUUUUACAAAGGGCAGUUUUAAAUAUUUCACGGGCAUUUUAUAUGAUGUAGUCAAUAGAAUAAUAAAUAUAAUAUAAAUCAAAACAAUGAUUGGCAGUGAUAUGAUAGUAGACAGUGGCUGUUUAAAGUUUUUUGGGUUGUUUAAAAAAUAUAAAAAUAUUUAAUAUUUUAUUUAUUCAGGCAGAAAUUCAAUAUUAAAUAUAUUAUGUAUGUUGUCAUAAUUCAAUAAUUUUCACCAUUUUGUUGUUUUGUUUUAGAAGCCACUUAUGCCAACAGAGGCCGCUGUUAGAUCACGGUUGUUUCACAUUAGCCCGCAGUAGACAAAUUAAAUACCUUGUGUGUUGAUAUAACCAUAGGCUGCCCUUUGUUUUCCUUCAUACUUGAACAGGAACCGUGAGGUGAGAGACAUUGUCGCCACAACACGUAGCUUCACCACUAGGUGAGGCCAAAUCCCCCAGUGUAACUGUAACUUCUCUCUUCACUUUACUGUGUUUUAGAUGGCAAAAACUAUAUUAUAAGACUAUGUUUGUUUAUAAAGCUUAAGUAUGUGUGAAAACGCAAUAUAUGAUACACUCACUUAAUUUAUAACUAAAUAUUGUAAUUUCAGUCCUAUUUUGCUGCUCUUUUCAUGACCUGCUGAUGCUGUAGAUUAAAAAAUUCAUUUUAGAAACAGACCUCAAUUACUUUAAGAUAAAGCUACACAACUGCUUUUUGAUACAUUUAUUUUUUCACGCUUUUUUAAACAUAAUAUUAUUAUCAAACUCUAAAUUAAAAUUCACACGUCAUCAUAUAUUGUUGAGACAAUGUAUUGUACCUAAGUACAGAAUGUAGUGUGUGUGAUUGUUGUCUAAGAGCUGUAGAAUGUGCACUUUAUACUGUUAUUUAUUUAAACUCUAUAUCAUACCAAACGCUACAGUAGUUUUCCUGGAAAGGCAUGUGUGGUCAAAUCUGCCCAUGUCUUCUGUUUUUCUGUCCUUUAUACUGGUAUUUUUAAAGAAAAUACAUUUCACCAACACAUGUUAUGUCUUAUUAGCUAGCUGCUUCAUUUUAUUUCUCCGCUGCAUGCUGUUAGGUGUUUGCAUCACCAGUUGUUAAAAGCUUAAACCGAAGGGAAACGAAGUAGAACUUUAUAAAAUUUUUGUUCUUUUUAUCGUACUGUGUGCUUGAGCUGCCACACCACUGGAGCCCGGUCUGGCUGCGUGUCCACACCACUGUAGAUGCUUUUUUCCCACACUACAAAAGUAUCGUCGAAAUACCUUCUGUGAAGGAUCACUGAAUACACAAUCUACCUAAUGUUGCCUAUGUGCAUUUACUGUUGUUGGAGGAUUAGAACUACCUUUUAUGUGUUGGUUUGAAUGUUGUCAAACACUGAAUGUGUUAAGUUGAAUUCAGCAUGUGUGUGUGUGAAGUGUCUAUACCUCAAUUAAACAGGAACUGUGUCAACAA